GCGGCCGGGCGGGCCUAGCGGGCGCGGUCAUUGUCCUGGCAGAGCGGCGAGCGGCCCUGUUGGCCCCCUAGGCCUGUCUUCCUGUUCACCGUGGGCAGCAGAGGGAUGGCUGCUCAGCUGCUGACUGAUGAGGCACUGGAGUCAGUGACGUUCAGGGAUGUGACUGUGGACUUCACCCAGGAGGAGUGGCAGCAGCUGGAGCCUGCCCAGAAGGACCUGUACAGGGAUGUCAUGCUGGAGAACUACAGGAACCUGGUCUCACUGGACUGGGAGACUAGACCUGAAAUGAAAGAGUUGGAUCCAAAGAAGGACAUUUCGGAAGACAAACCCUCUGUUGUUGGGGUGGCCACAGGGGGACCGACGAGGAACAGUGCCUGGGGUCCCGGCUCAGAAGGAGUGUGGGAACCAGGCAGCUGGCCAGAGAGGCGGCGGGGAGAUGCGGGUGCCCAGUGCGAGCCACUGGGAAUUCCCCAGGGGAACAAACUCUUGGGGAGCUCAGUACCCGGAUGUCAUGAACUGAAGGCAUUUGCCAACCAAAGCUGUGUCCUGGUUCCACCACGGCUGGACGACCCCACAGAAAACGGCGCCUGUCCACCCAUAAGGCGUGACAAGAACUUCUCCAGUAUUUCGGACCUCAGUGAGCCCCCCACGCCCUGCGUGGAGAAGAAAACCUAUGACUGCAGCGAGUGUGGCAAGACCUUUAGCCGAAGCUCGUCCCUGAUAAAACACCAAAGGAUCCACACGGGAGAAAAGCCGUUUGAGUGCGACACCUGUGGGAAGCACUUCAUCGAGCGCUCGUCCCUCACCAUCCACCAGCGGGUGCACACGGGCGAGAAGCCCUAUGCCUGCGGGGACUGCGGCAAGGCCUUCAGCCAGCGCAUGAACCUCACUGUGCACCAGCGCACGCACACGGGCGAGAAGCCGUAUGUGUGCGACGUGUGUGGGAAGGCCUUCCGGAAGACCUCCUCUCUCACCCAGCACGAGCGGAUCCACACGGGGGAGAAGCCCUACGCGUGCGGGGACUGCGGCAAGGCCUUCAGCCAGAACAUGCACCUCAUCGUGCACCAGCGCACGCACACCGGGGAGAAGCCGUACGUGUGCCCCGAGUGCGGGCGAGCCUUCAGCCAGAACAUGCACCUGACCGAGCACCAGCGCACGCACACCGGGGAGAAGCCGUACGCCUGCAAGGAGUGCGGCAAGGCCUUCAACAAGAGCUCCUCGCUCACCCUGCACCAGAGGAACCACACGGGCGAGAAGCCCUACGUGUGCGGCGAGUGCGGCAAGGCCUUCAGCCAGAGGGAACCACACGGGCGAAGCCCUACCUUCCACAUCGGGGUGAAGCCGCUCGAGUGCAGAGGCAAGGCCUUCAGCAAGAACUCCGCCACGAGCCCAGCGAUCCACACCGGGAGAGCUCACGAAAGCAUCUGCAAGAAGCACUUCACGGGGCGCCGCCUCAUCGUGCACCAGAUCGCACACUGGGAGAAGCCCUACGUGUGCGGCGAGUGCGGCAAGGCCUUCAGCCAGAGCGCCUACCUCAUCGAGCACCAGCGGAUCCACACCGGCGAGAAGCCGUACAGGUGCGGCCAGUGCGGGAAGUCCUUCAUCAAGAACUCCUCCCUCACUGUGCACCAGCGGAUCCACACGGGCGAGAAGCCCUACCGAUGCAGCGAGUGCGGAAAAACCUUCAGCCGGAACACGAACCUGACGCGCCACCUGCGGAUUCACACCUGAGCGCCGCCGUGCAGGGCUCUCCCUGGCGGUGCUCAGGGCGGACGUCAGAGGGAUGCGCGCUUUGUCAGCAGUGCUGUGAGAAGUUCUCCCCUGGGGUGGGGACUCGGGGUCAGGGGACCUCAGGAAUGUGGGAUUGUGGAGGGGCUGGCUGAUCACACAUGCCCCCUCCUUACUGAGCCUCAGAAAGCAAGCCCCUCGGUGUCAGACGUAUCUGGGGACAUUUCAGGGUUCACUGUAACUGAGCCAUGGCCACUGGUAACAGACAUCAGGGUUCCAGACUAGCUCUCUGAGUAACUGUCCUACGAGCUUGGACAGGUCACGCCUGCCUCCACAUCUCUGUUUCUUCAAUGGGAAAGUGGAGCUGGUGGAGGGGAGGGAGGAGGUAUCUCCCCCUUUGUCAGAUACACCCUGGAGUCCAGAUGCAGCUUGUCACCAUCUGCAUUGUCUCGGUGGGUUAGGAGCGUGAGGGCUUUCCUAUCCCUCCACCCACCAUUUCCCUGCAGUGCGCGCUGGAAGCCACCAAGCUAGGAAGUAGGCAGGAGUUUGCCAAUUGUUUGUGAGGGGGAAAAAAAUUUUUUUUUCAGAGUUAGCAAAUAACAGUAACUACUGCUUUGAAUGCCAAAGUUUCUUAGAGUGUUCUGUUACGUUUUUUAAAAAUAAAACUUCUAAUUAAGGGAGACUA